AUGUCCGGGAAACCCAAGCUGCACUACUUCAAUGGACGAGGCCGAAUGGAAACAAUACGGUGGCUACUAGCAGCAGCUGGGGUUGAGUUUGAAGAAUGUUUUCUGGAAACAAAGGAUGAUCUGAUAAAGUUACAGAAGGAUGGAUCCCUGAUGUUCCAGCAACUGCCCAUGGUGGAGAUCGAUGGGAUGAAGAUGGUGCAGACUAGAGCCAUCCUCAACUACGUAGCAGCAAAGUACAACCUCUAUGGGAAGGACCUGAAGGAGAGAGCCCUAAUUGAUAUGUACGUGGAAGCAUUGAUGGAUCUGAACGAGUUACUCAUGAGCUAUCCUUUCCAACCAGCAGAUAAAAAGGAGCAACAUUUUGCUAAUAUGGUGGACAAGGCCACAAACAGAUACUUUCCAGUCUUUGAGAAGGUUUUGAAAGACCACAGACAAGACUUUCUUGUUGGCAACCAGUUUAGCAGGGCAGAUGUGCAUUUACUUGAAAUCCUUUUAAUGGCAGAAGAGGACAAGCCUGGUAUACUUGCCAAAUUUCCUCUCUUGCAGAGUUUUAAAGCAAGAAUAAGCAAUAUUCCCACAAUAAAGAAAUUCCUGCAGCCUGGCAGCCAGAGGAAAUCACCAGUAUUAGAAGAAGACGUACCAAAAGUGCUGAAAAUUUUCUACUGA